UUUUUUUCCGGUUUCUUUUUUCUGCUCCCAGCCGUCCUGUCUCUUUUUCUGCUUUGGAAGCUUUGACUCUCGAGAGGAUAGGGAUGGAGCUGGGACGGGAGAGAGACGAGAGGUCUCGUCUCGUCGCCGGCGGGAGUUCUGCUCGAGGGCACCGUUGGGGUCUGGCAGUGAUUUCUCCCCUGCUUCGAAACGGGCGCGAGAGGUCUCGUCUCGUCGCCGGCGGGAGUUUUGCUCGAGGGCAGCCGUCCAAGGGGAGGCGAGGUGGGGUUUGGAUUCGUGCUCGCCGGCGGCGAGCUCUUUGAUUUUUUGCGCGGUGAGUUCUCCGGCCGAAAUGGUUUGCGCUUAGCUGUUGUGCUGCUGCUGAUUUUUGCUUGGUUUUUUUUCGGCCGAAUGCGUCGAGGCGGAGGCAGUGUAGGGGGUGCGUUUCUGCUCGUGGGCGCCGGAGUUUUGCUCUCCCUUUCCGGUGAAUCCUCAAUAUCAUAUUCGAAUGUGGUUUUGCCUUCUCAUGGCCGUUUUUGUUGCUCGAGAUUUCGCCUUUCUGCAGCUGAUUUUUGCUGUUUCCACCCGGAUGAUGUGGCUAGGCGAAGACAGGAACUCCAUCCUCUAUCCGUCAGCGUCGGCACCUCCAUUUGUGCGGUGAGUUGCUCUUCUCUACCAUCACGGAAAUGGCGUUUUGGUUGCUCCAGUGCUGUGGGUUGAACUCUGUACUAGGGUUGUUAUGUGUUUCAGACUGAUUUGGAGGUGGUGAAAGUGAUGGUUGUGUGUAUUAUGUAUGGGUUGUGGGCUGUGUAUGCAAAUGAACCCAAUGAACAGAGGUGGUGAUUUCCUGAUGCUCAUGUGUUAGAUGACGUUAGCCUUGUGCAAAUUAUGCCCUAUGUGCUGCUCAUUUUUGUGUAGUGUAGCUAACUGGAGCAUGCAUGUAGGUCCUGUGUGCUGCUCACUUUUGUGUAUCUAAUUGUGCAUGUCUGUAGGUCAUACUUCUGUCUACUCGAUCUAUUUUUGUUCAUGAGUAAUUCCUCUGACGCUCCGGCCCUUUCUCUGUUGUUUUAGUUAAUUGAGCAAACCUGUAAACGCGAGGUGGUUUUGUAGCUACUGUAAACCUGUAAUUGGGCUAUGUGUUGUUUCAUUUGUCUUCUAGCUGAGUUACAUGUGCUAAUAUGGACAUUUUAUCUGCUUUUGAAUUUAUUUUCUAGUGGCUAAAUACCCUUAAAUAAAUCGUUAAUAAAUUAAAUAGUGACCCCUUUUUAUUCUGUUUUAAUUAUAUUGCAAUUGCACAUUUUGAAUCGAUGCAUUUUUUUGUUCUUGAAAUCGGUAAAUUGACACAUUUCUAUCUUUGCAGUUCUAAUCCACUCUAUUUUUGCCACCACACUUGCUUGACUAAAAUUUUCUUAGGAAUUCCAUUUUUACAUUCUGAACAUUUUUUAUGCUUAGUCAUUACCUCUAGGGCUAGGUUUAAAUUGAUAUGUAUAUUUGAUUGCAAUUGCACAUACCAUUGUCCAAAUCAGAUAGUACAAAUGUAUAAUAUACAUUAUUUAGUGUUUAUCACUUAGCAGCUAGCACUGCAUGGACACAAUUGUUGGCUGGUGAUGGUGCAAACAAUUGCUCGAGACAUCAGAAUCAGAGUGAACACUAAACAAAAUAGCUAGAGGAGUAAUGUUUCCUGCUUGUGACGUUUUAGGCACCAAAGUGCCUCUUUGCUUCCUAUCUGCCAUCUGUCAAAGGGCUAAUUUUGGGUCUGAAAAGACCAGCCUAGCUCCAUGUCUGAACAACUUGAGAUCUUAAUUUGCUACUGCCGUAGAUACUACACAUCUGUCUGUACAAUGGGUAAGCAUGCCAUUUUUUGGUCCAUAAGUUUGUUGUUUCUCGAAGCAAUGAACAGGAGAGCUCGUGAACAGAGAGGAGGCUACCCAUCCUAGGAAGUGAGCCGAAUCUUACUAUUUUGUAUUUGCUGUUUAGGAAUUGUUUACAGAAACAUACCACUAUUUAGGGAGGUUGGUGUCCUGUUUUAUUGCUAGUACUACUGCUGCAAUUCUAUUGAUAUCUGCUUUCAAUUUGAGCAUGAUUUUUGUUUUUUGUUUUUCAGGGAUAUCCAUCUCGGAUGCCUGUUCAAGUUAUCAAUUUAGAUGAUUGCAGGAACCAAUAUUAUCCUAAUCCUAAUGUUUGUUCCUUCUUUCUGUCCUUCAACAAUAUUGUUUUAAAUCGCACUCCCAUUUAAAUGAAAUUACACUGCCUACUUUUCUCGCAACAAUAGAUUUUGCCAAGUGCAAUUGCAGAUGUAUUAGGGGUGGGGAGGGAUAGUUCCUUCUUUCUGUUCUACAACAAUAUCGUUUUAAAUCGCACUCCAAUUUGAAUGAAAUUGCACUUCUUCUUCUCUCGCACCAGUAGCUUUUGCCAACUGCAAUUGCAGAUGUAUUAGGGGUGCUGAGGGAUACAUAUGCCUAAUGUUUGUUCAUUCUUUCUGUUCGGGGAGGGGUAGUUCUUUCUUUCUGUUCUCCAGCAAUAUCGUUUUAAACUGCACACCAAUUUAAAUGAAAUUGUACUUCUUCUCUCGCAACAGUAGCUUUUGCCAAGUGCAAUUGCAGAUGUAUUAGGGGCGGUGAGGGAUACAUAUGCCUAAUGUUUGUUCCAUCUUUGUGUUCUACAGCAAUUCCUUUUAAAUUGCACUCCAAUUUAAAUGAAACUGCACUUCUUCUCUUGGAAUAGUAGCUUUUGCCAAGUGCAAUUGCAGAUGUAUUAGGGUGGGGGAGGGAUACAUAUGUUCUCUUUGCUUUCUUCAAUUGCAUUGCUUUUUUAAAUUCUUGCACCUCUUUAUCUACUGCAAUUCUAGAUUUAUCCAUUCUUUUUUUGUGAGGGAACAGUAGCUUUUGCCAUGUGCAAUUGCAGUGCCGUUAGAUAUAUUUUUUUGCAAUUGCAAUGCUUCUCUGUACUUCCAGAUUUUUCUGUAUCGUUUAAUUUUGCAAAUUGCAGUGGUUUCAAAUCAAUUGCAAUUUUUCUGUUGUGCAAUUUUGGUCAUAUGCAUUUGCAAUUCCCGAGUAGAUGAUUUGUUAUAUUGUAUGCCUUCAAUUUCUUCAAUUUUCACUGUUGUUGAUAUAUUAUUUGUCAUAUUGUAUGCCUUUUCCAGGUUUCUGCAUUUUUAUUGAUAUUAAAUUAAUUGGGAACAAAUAUUACUAGUUUCUUAUUUUGAGCAAUACAUUUUUUUACUUACACCGAGGGAAUUCAUUUGUUGUAAGAGACCUGUAAAUCCAGUGCUGGUUGCUUCAUUUGCUUGGAAAAUUUGCUCACAAUUAUACAAGGGAAUCCAAUGGAAUUUUUUUGCUGGGAAAGAUUUUGAUUCAUUGCUUCUUGAUACCAUGCUGAUGAUAAACCCUACAAUUCAUGUAUACAAGAUGAUGCUAAAAUUCAUAAACAACGUAUGUUUCAUUCUGCGACUAUUGGUAAUAUGAAACAACACAUGAAUGUUCUAACUUGGCCAGUUUGCAAGUAACUGAUCUUAUGUGCAUGAUAUACUCAUCUAUAUUUUGUCCCAUGGUUUCAUCCCCCCUGCCUGAAACAUAUUGCUGCCUUGACUGAUAUUGCGUGUAAGCUAAUUGAUUGGGAUAAACCAGGAGAUGUUCUUCUGAUGAGUUUUUGCUUAUAACCUGAAGAUAGCAAGCACAAUUGUGAUCAUUUUUGCCAUUCCGAUGCUCAGUUUUAUGCAAUUUCAUACGCAUUGUGUGCUUCUAGCUAGUCACAUAUGUUAGGAGCUAUUCAUUUUUGCAACUGAAGCUAAUUACCUGAAGCUAACCAUGUACGGGUGGUUUUUGUCUUGAUGUUUUUUGGUGUCGUUGCAGAUGUUACCUCAUACAGAAGCUAGGAUUUGCCACCAAAUCUGGUUUGCUUUGUAUUUGGAGGACAGCACCCAUGGUGCUCAUAAUAUCACUGUAAUUGGUAUUUCAAUUAAAUUUUCUUCUUUUUAAUCUGUGCAUGCCUUUCACUUGUUGUCGGGGGAUGAAAACAGGGGGCCUCUAAGUGUUGAGAAGAGAAGACCGAAGCAGAAUAGGUGAAACCCAAUCCAUAGCAGGAAAGGGGCAGAAUCAACGUUUAUCGUUAAAAGAACUAGAGAGUUUUUUAGCCCUGCGAUGGUAGAUUGGAAUAGGAAGCAGAAAACAGUCGGCUGGAGGGAAAAACCAAAAGGUGUGCCCUUUUGUAUUUGGCCAUUAGAUAAGUGAUGUACGUGUGACAAAAAAGUGACUGUUUUUUUCUCAAAAUUUCAGGCGCCUGGUUUUUGCACAGAAAACAGGCAACUGUUUUGAGAACAAAAAUCAGGCGUCUAGUAGAUAGACAGACCCUUAUUUAAUACUUUUAGAAUUUAGUAUUGUGGUAUGGUACUGGCAAUUCUCGCAACAAAAAAAGGUAUAGUACUGGCACGUUUUAAUCCUCGCAAUCCUGAGCUUCCGGCCUUCCAAUUGGCCCGAACCCAGCAAUGAAUCGCUUCACCGGACCCCAAAAGAAAACACAGGACAAAAAUGGUCCCUCCUGUCAUGAUCCACUGAAAAGCGCAUGCCCUGUUUGAUGACAGCAGGAAAGGAUAAACUAAGCAUCAGGUUAACCACCACAUCGUUCGCACCGAAAGAAGAAAAAAAUUCACAAAAAGAAAAUCUCAAAAUGCAGCACACAGAUGGUAGAAUAGAAUACGGUUUGCUCUCCCUUUCUCUCUCUCGCCUCACCCAUUGACUCUGCGUCCCCAAAGCCCUGAAUUCCUGAUUAAAAAGAUCCAAAACAGAGGAGACGAGAACUUCCAGAGCCACACGCGCGCGCGCGCCGGACGCUGCCAUGGCCAACCCCAUCAUCCCGACAAGCGGCGGCAACGGGGAAGAGGCGAGGACGAAGCUGGGCCGGCUCAACGCCGCCGUGGAGCGGUCCUGGGUGGGGCGGCGCUUCCGCCUGUCCGCCCGCGGAACGACCUUCACCACGGAACUCCGCGCCGGCACGGCCACGUUCCUCACCAUGGCCUACAUCCUCGCCGUGAACGCCUCCAUCCUCUCCGACUCCGGCGCGACCUGCACGGUCGACGACUGCCACGCGCCCUCGCCACGAUGCAAGUUCCCGCCGGUGGACCCCGGGUACGAGGCCUGCCUGUCCCGCGUGCGGCGGGACCUGAUCGUGGCCACCGCGGCGUCGUCCGUGAUCGGCUCCUUCAUCAUGGGCGCCUUCGCCAACCUGCCAAUCGCGCUCGCCCCGGGGAUGGGCACCAAUGCCUACUUCGCCUACACGGUCGUCGGGUUCCACGGAUCCGGCACGCUCCCCUACCGCACCGCGCUGGCCGCGGUGUUCCUCGAAGGCCUCAUCUUCCUCUUCAUCUCCGUCGUGGGGCUACGGUCCAAGCUCGCCCAAUUCAUCCCCAAGCCGGUCCGGAUCUCGUCGUCCGCGGGGAUCGGGCUCUUCUUAGCCUUCAUUGGGUUGCAGAGCAGCCAGGGCAUGGGGCUUGUCGGGUUCAGCUCCUCCACACUGGUCACCCUCGGCGCGUGCCCGGUAUCACAGCGCGCAUCCGUGGCGCCAGUAAUGACAUUCCCCAAUGGCACGGUCGCGCUAAUUCCUGGAGGCACGGUGUCCGGGGACAUACUCUGCCUCUCAGGACGGAUGACCUCCCCAACCUUCUGGCUCGCCGUUGUGGGCUUCAUAAUCAUCGCCUUAUGCCUCAUGAGGAAUGUCAAGGGGGCCAUGAUCUACGGCAUCCUCUUCGUGACCUUCAUCUCCUGGCCGCGCAACACCGCCGUCACCGUGUUCCCGGACACGCCCGCAGGCGACGAAAGCUUCAGUUAUUUCAAGAGAGUGUUCGACGUCCAUCGCAUCCGGUCAACCGCGGGCGCCCUCGACUUCAGCGGGGCCACGCACGGCUACUUCUGGGAGGCGCUCUUCACCUUCCUCUACGUUGACAUCCUCGACACCACGGGCGGGCUCUACUCGAUGGCACGGUUCGCGGGCUUCAUGGACGACGCGACGGGGGAGUUCGAGGGGCAGUACUUCGCCUUCCUGUCGGACGCGACGGCCAUCGUGUUCGGGUCGCUGCUGGGCACGUCCCCCGUGACGACAUUCAUAGAGUCGUGCGCGGGGAUCCGGGAGGGCGGGCGGACUGGGCUGACGGCGCUGACGGCCGCGGCCUACUUCAUGGCGGCCUUGCUGGUGACGCCGCUGCUAGCGUCGAUCCCGUCCUGGGCCGUCGGCCCGCCGCUGGUGCUGGUGGGCGUGAUGAUGAUGCGCGCCGUGCCCGAGGUGGACUGGGCCGACAUGCGGCAGGCCGUGCCGGCGUUCAUGACGCUCGCGCUCAUGCCGCUCACCUACUCCAUCGCAUACGGCCUCAUCGGUGGUAUCGGCGCCUAUUUGGUGCUGCACUCGUGGGACUUGGCGUGUGAUGCCGCCGCCAAGGUUGGAUGGCGUCGGAAGAUGGGUGGCGGUGAGAUAGCGCGCGCCGAGAACGAGACCUCUAGCACCGGUGGUGGCAAUGUGGAACUUGUGAAGGAUGGGGAAUUGCGUCCUUAGCACUUUCUCAUUGUCUUUGUCUUUAGGAUUGUUAGUACAGGUUACUAGGAUUUCACUGAAAUUCAAAAAUUUCGGGCUCUAGGAUGUUGACGUGUUUUUUUUUUAGAAAACUUGAAUGAAAUCAGGUUAAGUCGAAGCUUGUCAUCUA